UUAAAAUAACAACAUCAGUGAGGUCAUUCUGGACCAAGUUACAAUGUACUGGCAGUCAGCCUCAACAACCAGGUAGUGAUUUUGGACUGUUUACUGGUAGCAGUUGAAGCAUUCGCUUAAAGCAGUAUAAGGGUCUUUGGUAUAGUCUUCCAGUCCCUCGGGACCUAUUAUAAAGAAUGUACCAGACGACAAUGAAUUUCGUGACAUUUCUAUUCUUCUCUGCUGUAUUCCAUCUCUACGAUAUAGCCUUCACCUCCACAGUCGUCAGUUCUUUUCCAAGUGGACAGACAGCAGUAGAAUUCAACAACAUGGCGGUUGAUAAUGCCAAUGAGACUAUAUUUAUAGGAGCUGUUAAUGUUCUUUACCAACUGGACGGUAGCUUACAACUGUUACAGAACGCAACGACUGGACCAAUCACGGAUAGUCCAUACUGUAGUCCACCUAGGUCUUAUUAUUCCUGCUCGCAAAGAACGCCAACAGAUAACUACAACAAAAUCCUAGUGGUAGACCAGUCUAGGGGUAAACUAAUAUUAUGUGGUAGCGUGUACCAAGGUACUUGUGAGUCUCGACCAGUCAUUGAUUUAUCGCAGGUUACUCCACAUCGUGGCUCUGACCCGUUAGAAAAUUACGUUGCCGCCAAUUCUCCCGAUGCUUCCACUGUGGCUUUUAUAGCACCGGGGCUCAAUUCCCAGGAAGCGUUAUAUGUGGCUUCUACGUAUACGGGUCAGGAGGAGAGUGGUAGACUUCGGGAGCAGGUAGCAGCUGUUAGUAGCAGAUCUCUUCAGACACUGGAAUUAACGAACUACAACGCACUGUCUGCUACGGGAACGUACAUGACAAUUUCUUAUAUUGAUAGAAGUACUUAUCUAGUGGAUUACGUUGCUGGAUUCUCUUUGGAUGGAUAUAGUUAUUUCAUCACUAACCAAAGGACAACACUUAGCAGCACAGAAUAUGAAUCCAGAUUAGUUCGAAUCUGCCAGAAUGACGCUUACUAUUAUUCAUAUUUCGAAAUGCCCUUGCAAUGCACAGGGACCUAUCCUCGGAUGUUGUUCAAUCUUGUGAAAUCCUUAUCGGUAACAAAACUGGGAAAUGAUAAUGUACUAGUGGGUAAUUUUGUCAGAGGAUCUAGUUCAGCUUUGUGUGUAUUUUCAAUGGAAAGUAUAAACAAUAUAAUCAAAGAUAAAUACGAGCAGUGCUACAGUGGAAAUGGAAAUACUGAAGCUGCACAUUUCCUUAGAGGUUCACGAAUUUGCAGAGCCUUUCCAUCAUAUAAUUACGGGUCAAGCUACUGCAACCAUGACUAUGGCGGAUUAAACACGCCCCUGGUAUCAACCACUCCGGCAACAUCAACCCCUGCUCUGACAACCACGUCGUCCACAUGGACAGUAGUAGACACAACAACCACCACCAGAUACACUGUGGCUUUUGUAGGAACUGCUGACGGACAACUAAAGAAGAUAUUAAUCCAGUCUAAUACAUCUGCUGUGGAAUAUGCAUCAGUACAAGUGUCAAACGAUCAGGUUAAAGAUAUACAGUUAGAUACUACGGGAGAGCACAUGUAUGUUAUGACCAAAUACAAGGUCAGUAAGUUGAGGGUGGAAGACUGUGGUAGUUACAGUAGUUGUGAUGACUGUCUGGCUUCUAGAGACCCGUACUGUGGGUGGUGCAGCCUGGAAAACAAAUGCAGCAGAAAAAGUCAAUGCUCAGAUGCAGAUGGUGCCGAAAGAUGGCUUCCCUUUGAUAAUGGACAGUGUAUCAAGAUCAAUACCAUUUCACCAUCAAACACACCUCUUGCCAGACCCACACAGGUGAACAUGUCAGUAAGCCUUCUACCCCCAGGCCAGACCUACCAAUGUGUAUUUGAUACCACAGCUGUCAGUGCCACAGUCACUGGGGGGAACUUGGUGACAUGUGACACACCCACCAUCUUACCUACAAUACCAACUGAGGACGAUCACAUCACAAUACCAUUAUCUAUCAAAUCAGUAACGACAGGAGUCAAGUUUUUAACGACCAGCUUCACAUAUUUUGACUGUGGCGCACACUCAGGGUGUGUGUCCUGUACCAGCAGUAGUUGGGCAUGUGACUGGUGUAUAUAUGCUAACAGGUGCACCCACGCCAGCAGUACUUGUAGUCCUAGUGGAGGGGUGAUACCAGGACAGAAUAGCCAUGUCAGUGUUGGUAUUAAAGGUCCCACCAUGUGCCCCCAGCUCCUGCCACGUGCACAGGACAUCUUGUUACCUGCUGGGGUCAUCAAGGUGAUCUCACUGAGUGGGAAGAACCUUCCUGUGCCACAGGCUAGCCAAGGUGGUUACCAAUGUAAGAUAGGCACUAACACAGUCCCAGCUAUCAGACAGAAUGAUAGUGCCAUAGACUGUCAGGGCCACGCUUAUAUAUACACAGUCAAUACAGGCCAGGAGAGACACCAAAUCCAAGUAAUCUGGAAUAAUAUCCAUGUGAUAGAUCAACCAACAGGCUCUCAAGUCAGUGCAACUCUGUACAAGUGUGAUAUCCUAGGGACCACAUGUGGCACAUGUAUUGGUGCCGUGGAUGCAAAGUUUAGGUGUGCUUUCUGUGGAGGGACGUGCAAGUAUCGACCAACAUGCAGUGUGCCAGCAGAAAACAUUUGUCCUAAUGUUAUCAUUAACUGGGUUUCUCCCUUGAGUGCCCCAGUUGAAGGUCACACCAAGGUCACCAUCAAUGGCACCAAUUUAGGGACCUCUGAUGCCAGUAUACCCACUGUUACACUGGCUGGGGUGAUCUGUAGACCUGUUGUAGAAGAUUAUGUGGUCUCAAAGAGAAUUGUGUGCACUGCAGCUGAAGCUCCAGGCAGGUGGGCCAGAAAUGGUUCCAUAGAGAUCCAGGUCCAGGGUUUAAUUAGGUCAUACAGCUACUCCAAACAGUUUAGAUAUAUGGACCCCAGGCUGGAGACAGUGUUCCCAGUGAAAGGCCCCAUGGCUGGUGGCACCAGGCUGACUGUGAGGGGGAAAGAUCUUAACGCUGGCAACCUGGACAAUAUCAGCCUAACCCUAGAGGAGGAAAUGUUGCCUUGUAUUGUAGAUAGAAGCACAAUUGGUAGCCAUUCCACAAUUUGUACCACUCCAGGGAUCAGUAGGCCAAAGGUCGUGACCUCUGUUAGGAUGUUCUUCGACGGUAGUGUAAGAAUGCUGGACCAGGCUCCCUUCACAUACACUGAGGACCCUGUGGUGGAAAAGAUAAUGCCACUAACUAGUUUCUUCAGCGGAGGUCGGAUAUUGACAGUUACUGGGAAGAAUUUUGACUCAAUUCAACAGCCAAAGAUGUUUGUAUGGAACGGGAAUGAAAAGUCGGAAACAACGGAUUGUUUCCAUAUACCAGAAAUGUCCAGUACUACAUUAACAUGCCCGUCUCCAAGAGCGCCUAAGGGGAUUCCCCAAACGAUAUUCCUACCAGACACUUCAGGUUCCUUGCGUUUUAAGAGAGAGUCAGACACCAAUACCAUUGCGAAGAUUGGCUUUAUAAUGGACGGAGUGCUAGAAGUGCAGAAUUUAACCAACAUAAUAUCUUUUCUUCAAUAUGUUGUGGACCCGUUGUUCCAGAAUUUGACCAGCGACGGUUCUAGUGUGAAAUAUCAAAGUAACACUAGCUUCGUAAUACGUGGACAUUAUCUCAACCUUGCCGCAAGCGAAGCAGAUGUGACUGUUCUGAUUGGUGGACAUAACUGUGACGUCACGGGUUUGGCUCCCAGUGUUCUUGUCUGCACACCGCCACAUUUUGACUACGGAGAUAAACUGGUAACUAUACGCAUGGGUAAUUUAGAGUACCGAGUAGGGUAUCUGAACUAUGGGGAUCCUCCUCUUCCAGGCAGCUAUGGCUGGGUAGCCGGGCUUAUUGUCUCUAUUGUUGCUCUAACUGUCAUUGGAAUUGUUACCGGAGUCAUAGUCUAUAAAAGACGUGCAAAACGCACUACUACCAAACACAAUGGCGCCAAUGACACCGAGUACCUUGGUUUAAGCAGUCAAGUCACACCACCGCGUGUUAUCAACACUAUAGAGGACGCCUUGAUGCUGGUGAAGGAUGGUGACUUAAAGGUUGCUCUCAAGCCUGUACUGGUGAGCAGAGAUCGGAUUAAAAUUGGGAAGUUAAUAGGCACAGGGCACUUCGGAUGUGUAUUUGAGGCGACUUACGAAGACAGCGAACAUUACAACCCAUCUAAAGUAGCCGUGAAAACGUUUCAAGGAAAGGGUGCAGACAUUCAGCACCUAGACGAAUUCCUCAGAGAAGGAGCUCUGAUGACAUCAUUCCGCCAUGAUCACGUGUUGACAAUACUCGGGAUAUGCUUCGAAGUUGACGGCAACCCCAUGAUUGUAUUACCCUACAUGGCCAAUGGAGAUCUCAAAACUUAUAUCGAGAAUCCUAAGAAUGCACCUACUGGACUACAGCUGUUACAGUUUGGUUUGGACGUAGCCCGGGGCAUGGAAUAUUUGGCUGAGAACAAAUUUGUCCAUCGGGAUUUGGCUGCUAGAAACUGCAUGCUAGAUGACCAGCUGCACGCCAAAGUGGCCGACUUUGGACUGACUCGUGACGUUUACACCACGGAAUAUUACAGUUCCAGAGACAAGCAGGCCAAGUUGCCGGUGAAGUGGAUGGCACCGGAGUCCAUGGAGAGAAACGUCUACACUUUUAGAUCCGAUGUGUGGUCCUAUGGCGUCUUACUUUGGGAACUGUUCACUCGUGGUAAGGUACCGUAUCCUGGUGUAGACGGAUGGGAUGUUCUACAGUUCCUGAAACUUGGGAGAAGACUGGACAUACCUGACUACUGUCCUCAGCAAGUGUACCAGCUCAUGCUGAAGUGCUGGUCGUGGGAGCCAGAGGAGCGGCCAGACUUCACCUCUAUUGUAACACAAAUAGAGGAGACAGUAAGAGUCAACACGGAAGUUAGUGGAGAACCUGGUCACAAUGAACGUGGGGGAGGGGAUGGUGAUUAUCAUAUGUACACUGAAGUGUUCCAUUAACAAUGUAACACCUGUUUAUAAUUUUGUCCACUCGUUUUUGGACUGUGUUUUUCAUUUGGACUUUGCUAUAAGGAUGACGACGCUGAUUCCUCCUCAUAUGGUCUUGCUACCUGUAUAUUUGAUUAAGAAUGGUCUUUAGGGAUCGAUUACACGUCCACAUUUUAUUGUGUUUGGCUAAGGUGAAAAAAGUGCUGCUUCCACCACUAUUGAACUUUUGUGUUCUUUAGGCUAUGGAUUAUCGCAUGAUACGCAUGGCAUCUAAGAGCCCAUUCAGAACAGAUAAUCCGCAUACUAACUGAUCCACCGACUAAAUAUGGGUGAUCUCACUUAAAAAGCGUUGUCGCUAUAAUUCCUUGAUGGUCCCCCCGCUUCCACCGUCGCUGCAGGAACCUCGGAGCCGUUUAAUAUUUUUUAACAUAUACAUCCGCUUCCAGUCGAAAAAUAAUAUUUCGACAGGUUUUUCUGCUUGCAGUCUAUGCUGUAUAUAAAUGGGUCAGAGAGUUAGGUCAG